CCCUAUGAGAUACUGAUGUAUAUUAUAACCUUUCUAACUUUUCUUCAAUUCUCUACAAUGAAGUAUCAAUGGAAUACUUUGAUUUAUAAUACAUAUAGAAAUAUUUUUGUAGAAACAAGAAGAUAUGCAGGUCAUAGUAAAUGGAAAAAUAUUAAGGCUACUAAACAGGCUCAAGAUAGUGAAAAAUCAGCAAUAUUUAGAAACCUAGCUAUUAAAAUGAAAAGUGUGAUUAAAGAAACUGGCAAUUCAGAUCCAACGGAAAAUGUAAAAUUAGCACAGUUAAUUAAUCAAGCAAAAAAAAUUAAUAUGCCAAAAAAUACAUUAAAAUCAAUUUUAGACAAAUUAGAAAACACAAAGAAAAAUGGUUCAACUUAUGUAAUAUCUGCUCGCAUUUCAAAAGAAGUUAUGCUUGUUCUUUAUAUUGUAACCGAUAAUAUUACUGACAAAAAAUUACAAAUCACUUAUAUAUUAAAAAAAUUCAAUGCCAAAAUUGUAGAUUCUUCAGCCCUAUUCAACUUGUUUGAUUGUACAAGUUAUAUUAUAGCUUCUAAAAACUGUAAUUUGGAUCAAGCAAUGGAAGAUGCAAUAAUAGCUAAUGCAGAAGAAGUAGAAGAAAUAAAAUAUGAAAAUAAUGAAUGUUUUAAGUUCACAGGUGAAUUUCUUCAGCCAGAAAAAAUCCUAACUCAAUUAGAAAAUCUAGGAUAUACUAUACUUUCAAUAAAAAAUGAAUGUAUACCAAAUACUAGAGUUCAAAUAUUAAAAGAAGAUAUAGAAGUUAUUAGAAAAUGUAAAGAAAAACUUUUAGCAGAAAUAAAAGAAAUUGAAAAAAUAGAAGAUAAUAUUUUGGUAUCUUAAAUUAAAAAUUGUAAUUAUUACAUAAUAAUAUUAUCAAUUGAUCAAAUUUAAAUCUUUUUGUAUAUAUCGGAAAAUAAUUUAACAAUAAUUUAAAAAAA